AUGUCCUGUAAGCGUGUUAUGCUAUACGGAGGCCGUGGUUGUUUAGGCUCUGCCUGUGUGAAAAGCUUUAAGAGUAAAGGAUACUGGGUUUGCUCUGUUGACUUCAAGGAGAAUCAUGAUGCUGAUGCAAGCAUUGUUGUAUGUGAUUCUACAAGUUCUUCUGCACAAGAGAAGAUGGUGAAGAGUGGUCUAGACAGUAUCCUCAGUAAUCAAAAGUUGGAUGGGAUUUUCUGUGUUGCUGGUGGAUGGGUUGGAGGAAGCCUUACACAUCCGGACUUUUUGGAAAACUGUGAUGUUAUGUGGAAGAAAUGCGUAUGGUCAUCAUCCAUUGCUGCAUCAUUAGCUUCAGCCUACCUUUCAACUAGUGGUCUACUAGUGCUUACUGGAGCAGAUGCAGCUCUAAGAGGCACUCCAAGUAUGUUGGGAUAUGGGAUGGCUAAAGCUGCUGUACAUCAGCUGACUAGAAGUCUAACGGACCAGAAGAGUGGACUUCCAGAUAAUGCUUGUGCACUGGCUAUCUCUCCAGUUAUCUUGGACACUCCUAUGAACAGGAAAUGGAUGCCCAAAGCAGAUCAUUCAACCUGGACACCUAUCGAUAAAGUGAUACAAUUAUUCAGUGAUUGGCUGGAAGAAGUUGACAAUCGUCCUCAAUCUGGAAGUAUACUUCAGUUAAUCACCAAAGAUAAUGAAACAGAAUGUGUUCCAAUUUGA